GUCCGGCUGGCCCCCGAGCGAGAGUUCAUCAAGUCGCUGAUGGCCAUCGGGAAGCGGCUGACCACGCUGCCCACCAAGGAGCAGAAGACGCAGAGACUGAUCUCCGAGCUCUCCCUGCUCAACCACAAGCUUCCCGCCCGGGUCUGGCUGCCUUCCGCCGGCUUCGAGCACCACGUGGUGCGGGUGCCCCACACCCAGGCGGUGGUCCUCAACUCCAAAGACAAGGCUCCCUACCUGAUCUACGUGGAGGUGCUUGAAUGCGAGAACUUCGACACCACCAACGUCCCGGCCCGGAUCCCCGAGAACCGGAUCCGCAGCACCCGCUCGGUGGAGAACCUGCCCGGCUGCGGCAUCACCUACGAGCAGCGCGCCAGCAGCUUCACCACCGUGCCCAACUACGACAACGACGACGAGGCCUGGUCUGUGGACGACAUUGGGGAGCUGCAGGUGGAGCUGCCCGAGAUACACACCAGCAGCUGCGACAACAUCUCGCAGUUCUCCGUGGACAGCAUCACCAGCCAGGAGAGCAAGGAACCGGUGUUCAUCGCUGCAGGGGACAUCAGGCGGCGUCUCUCCGAGCAGCUGGCCCACACCCCCACCUCCUUCAAGCGGGACCCCGAGGACCCCUCAGCCGUCGCCCUGAAGGAGCCCUGGCAGGAGAAAGUGAGGAGGAUCCGAGAGGGCUCCCCUUACGGCCACCUGCCCAACUGGCGGCUCCUCUCCAUGAUCGUCAAGUGUGGGGACGACCUCCGGCAGGAGCUGCUGGCCUUCCAGGUGCUCAAGCAGCUGCAGGCCAUCUGGGAGCAGGAGCGGGUCCCCCUGUGGAUCAAGCCCUACAAAAUCCUGGUCAUCUCGGCUGACAGCGGCAUGAUCGAGCCGGUGGUCAACGCCGUCUCCAUCCACCAGGUGAAGAAGCAGUCCCUGCUCUCCCUGUUGGACUUCUUCCUGCAGGAGCACGGCCAGUUCACCUCCGAGGGCUUCCUCACCGCCCAGCGCAACUUCGUGCAGAGCUGCGCCGGCUACUGCCUGGUCUGCUACCUGCUGCAGGUGAAGGACAGGCACAAUGGCAACAUCCUGCUGGACGCCUACGGCCACAUCAUCCACAUCGACUUUGGCUUUAUCCUGUCCAGCUCCCCCCGGAAUCUGGGUUUCGAAACCUCGGCCUUCAAGCUGACCGCCGAGUUUGUGGACGUGAUGGGCGGCAUCGGGGGAGACAUGUUCAACUACUACAAGAUGCUGAUGCUGCAGGGCCUGAUCGCCGCCCGGAAGCACAUGGACAAGGUGGUGCAGAUCGUGGAGAUCAUGCAGCAAGGCUCCCAGCUGCCCUGCUUCCACGGCUCCAGCACCAUCCGGAACCUGAAGGAGCGCUUCCACAUGAACAUGACGGAGGAGCAGCUGCAGGUGCUGAUCGAGCAGCUGGUGGACGGCAGCAUGCGGUCCCUCACCACCAAGCUCUACGACGGGUUCCAGUACCUCACCAACGGCAUCAUGUGA